AUGAAGAAUAUUAACUAAUUUUAUUUGGAUAAAUAGAAUCACAAAUCAAAAUGGCAUCUAGUAUUAACGACUUCUUUUGGAUUAAUAGCGUCAGCAUACUGUUUAGUAUUGCCACAAUAGUUGGGAAAUCUUGGAGAAAUAUUUAAUUUAGAUGAUGAAAAAGAAUUUUUGAGCCUUUUGACUACUCUCCAUUAUUUAUUAAAUUCAUUUCUCCCCUAUUUCUCAGGAGUCUUAAGGGAUUCUUAUGGAGAUACUUUUGCAAUUCUUUUUCAAAAUUCAUUAUGCGUUAUUGGCUAAUUUAUUUCCACAAUUGGUAUUCAUUCAGGAAAUAUGACUACUUUCAUCAUAGGGAGGUUGAUUCUAGGUUGGGGAAUAGAAUCUUUAUUAAUUGUGUUAACCUCUUUUAUUUGUUCCUAUUACAAAUUUACAUAUUUGACCUUUGUGUUAGGAAUGUAUUAAUUAGUAUAUAUGAGUGGAAUGGUAGUUUGUACAUUGUUCGCUCCAAACUUUGAUUCGGUAUAUGCUUCAAAUGUUAUUGCAUUAUUAUUUACCAUUUUAGGGUUGAUAAUGGCUUUAGUAACCAGAGAUAUUGAUACUAAUGUUUAAUCAGUAAUCAUGUAAAAAGGAGCAAACUAUUUUUAAAUUGAAGAAGGCAUCAAAAAAUCUUCACAACUUUAUUAAAAGCAAGGUCCAAGUGAAAUAUUCUCGUUAUAAGAUGAUGGAGAGGAGAUUAAAAUUGAAUAAGAUUACAUUGAAGCCUAAUAAAUAGAGUCAGAAGUGUUGGAGUAAAAUUUCUAUGAAAAUUUUUGUGGUUAUGGGAACAGACAUGAAUUUCCCAUUUUAUAUUGGUUAUUGCUAUUCUUUUACACUUUUGCUUCAACGUCAGUUCUCGUAUUGGUAGGCUAUGCACAAGAGUUUCUUUUGAAUAAAUGGUUAAUCAACCUUCAAAAUGGAGAAGACUUGGCUAGAAAAUUAGUGACAUUGAUGUGGCUGUUCUCAGGAUUUAUAACUCCCUUAUUAGGUUUCGUAAUAGAUUUGUUUGGUUAGAGAUCAACUUUGACUAUUUUCUCGGGAUUGAUGGCCAUUUGGGCUCACUUGUUAGUGUUGUUGCAAUCCCCAUUUGAAGGGUUACUAUUGCUAGGGUUCUCUUUCGCAUUAUCCUAUACUACAGUAUGGAGCAGUGUAUUAUACUUAACUCAUCCACAUAAAUAUGGGAGAAGUUUGGCUCUUUUUGUUUGUUUAUAGAAUUUUGGGAUUUCUGUAACACCACAUAUUUGCAGUUUCUUUGAGAUGUUGACUGAUUCUAAGAUUGUGACAGAAUCAUUCUUAUUGUUGUUGGCUAUAAUGGCAACUAUGGCAUCUCUAUUGGUCUACAAAGAGGAUAAGAAAUACGUGAAUCUAAUUGACAGGGGACUACAUGUGGAAAGUGAAAUUUCUUCUAAAAUAAAAUCAUCAAAAAUUUAAAGUUGA